AGUUCUCACCAUUCUUCUUUACUCCGGAAGCGCACGCAGCAGCACCCACCUACGAACUGCCGAGCAAGUUCAAAUCUUUCGUGCUCCGUAGGAAGAAGCAGACCAAGACUGUUGGUUUCCUUGAUCGAUCAUGUCUGCUGACGCAUCUGAUGCUCUAGCAGUGAGGCAAAAAGUUCAGCUUUUUCUGAAUGCAGCCCGAACUGGGAAUCUUGAUUUGCUCAAGAAGUUGGCGUCGCAGCUCGACGAUGGGAAAGGGACGGCGAGGACUAUAGCGGAUGUUAAGGACGCGAACAAGCGGGGCGCACUGCAUUUUGCGGCGAGAGAGGGCAAGACUGAGGUCUGCAGGUACUUGCUGGAGGAAUUGAAGCUCGACAUCGAUACGAAAGACGAUGAUGGCGAGACUCCUCUUAUUCACGCGGCUCGGCAAGGCCAUACUGAAACUGCCAAAUAUUUACUAGAGCAAGGUGCCAAUCCUGAUAUACCUAGUGACUUAGGUGCCACAGCGCUCCACCAUUCUGCUGGAAUAGGGGACAUUGAAAUGUUGAAGUUUCUACUUUCUAAAGUUGUUGAUAUUGAUUCUCAAAGUGAUGCUGGCACCCCUUUAAUUUGGGCUGCUGGUCAUGCUCAACAAGAUGCUGUAAAGGUUCUCUUGGAACAUCAUGCUAAUCCUAAUGCUGAAACUGAUGAUAGCAUCACUCCGCUCUUGUCAUCUGUGGCUGCUGGUUCUGUUGAAUGCUUGAAGCUGUUGAUUCAGGCUGGUGGUAAGGUGAACAUUAGUGCUGGAGGAGCGACACCUUUGCACAUUGCCGCUGAUAAUGGGAACCCGGAAAUCAUAAAUUGCUUAUUAGAUGCUGGAGCUGAUCCCAAUAUCAUGGAUGAGGAUGGGCUGAAGCCUAUACAGGUGGCAGCAGGAAGAGGCAAUCGUGCAGCUGUGGAGAUUCUCUUUCCAAAGACUACACAGGUUCACAGUAUUCCCAAAUGGAGUGCAGAUGGAAUCAUUGAGUAUAUGCAGACUGAAGCUGGUAAUUUGCAGGAAGAAGUCAACAAGGCGAAGGCAACUGGUACAGAGAAGGAUACCGCAUUGAAAGUUCAAAACCUUCCCGAGGUAAGUGGAGAAGCGAAACAGAAAGCCGCAGAAGCAAAAUCAAGGGCAGAUGAUGCUUUUCGAAGGAAAGACUAUCAAGCAGCUUUAGACGCUUACACACAAGCAAUAGACUUUGAUCCAAAUGAUGCAACUUUGCUUUCCAACCGAAGUCUUUGCUGGAUUCGUUUGGGACAAGCUGAACAUGCUCUAGUUGAUGCAAAGGCUUGUAGGGAACUUAGACCACAUUGGCCCAAAGCUUACUAUAGGGAAGGUGCAGCUUUGCGUCUUUUGCAGAGAUUUGAAGAAGCAGCCAAUUUUUUCUAUGAGGGUGUCCAGCUAGACCCUGAAAAUAAGGAGCUUGUAAAUGCUUUCAGAGAAGCUGUCGAAGCUGGAAGGAAGUUCCAUGGUACGGACAAAAAGAGUUCAUGACUUGAAAUGCUUGAGAUGCCGUGAGAAAAAACUUGAUGCUCGAGUCGAAGGAACAUUGCUUGUGAUAGCCAUGCGCCAUUUUCCCUGAGAAAGACUAUAUGCCUCGUGCCAAAUUUUGCUGUAAAAUCAGGAAAAAAAGAAUUGUCGAAUGUGAGGGGAGGCCAUUUGAGUGAGAACGACGGCAUCAACCUUUCUUGUUUUUUGGUUUUCCUUUUUGAGCUUGUACGAAUUUUGUCCAUCAGUCGCAUAUUGUGUUCUUGGUAAUGAGCUCUAUGCAGUUUUGUC